AUGGCUGUCGGCAACAAGAAAGCUGCCCCCAAGGGCUCCAAGCAGGCCAACGCCGCCGCCAAGGCUGCGCUCAAGGGAACUCACUCCCAGAAGCAGCGCAAGGUCCGCCUGAGCACCACCUUCCACCAGCCCAAGACUCUGUCUCUGGCCCGCAACCCCAAAUUUCCCCGCAAGUCGAUCCCUCACUUGCCUCGCCUCGACGAGCACAAGAUCGUCAUCCACCCUCUCAACACCGAGAGCGCCAUGAAGAAGAUGGAGGAGAACAACACCCUCGUCUUCAUCGUCGACAUCAAGGCCAACAAGGCCCAGAUUAAGGGCGCCCUCAAGAAGCUCUACGACAUUGACACCGUCAAGAUCAACACUCUGAUCCGCCCUGACGGAACCAAGAAGGCAUACGCCCGUCUUACUCCUGAUGUCGACGCCCUCGACAUUGCUGCCAACAAGCUGUCGCUUGUCUAA